AUGGCCCGUACACUAAAGCAGCGCUGGAGGCGCGAGGGAGCAUGCGCAGAUUGUAAACUGAGCUCCGCUGUCGAGCGCCCCUCUUCCACCCCCCACCCCCACCCCCGGGGUUAUCCCACGCGGCGGCCCUGGAGAUGCCUUUGGGGAGCAUGCGCAGGGCAGAGGCCGGACACUCUAUUCCACGCGAGCUAUGCCGAAUUCCCUCGGCAACGCGCUGCGGUGGGGAGAUACGAAGUGGGGGCAGGGAUGCGCGGGGAGAGGCGGUUGGGGGGUUGGGCUGGGGGAACCCGAGAUGAUCCCGGGGGUUUCCGCGGGAAGAGGCCCGAAAGGAGCGGGGCGGGGGACGGGGGACAGCGGGCGGCCUGGGCUGGGGGACGAUCCUGGCCGGCUUCUUCCAGCCUCGGGAUCCAGUCUAGGGCCGGCGGCAGCGGCCUGGUCUCUCGCGUAGGCACGGCCUCCGAUUUCAGGGUUGCUUCCCAGAUUCCCCUAGGAGAGCAUGAGCCGCCUGCCUGCCCUGCCACCGCCGCGGCUGCCGGGCGGUCCCACAGCGCCCUCCAGUGGCGGUCUGGCGCGCCAGCCUUACAGAAAAGGGAAGUUGCGUCUUUUCUCCUUUCUGUGUCUAGGCACCUAAAUCUUUCUGAGGGGGGAAAGGAGAGCAGUGGACAAACAAAAGAACAUGCCACUAUAACAGAAACAGAAAAUCAAAACCAGCCACAGUCUGCGUUAAAAGCACUACAACAUCAGUUGGAAUCAUUUCAGGCUCUCCGUUUGCAAACUUUACAGAAUGUUAGCAUGGUACAAUCUGAAAUUAGUGAAAUAUUGAAUAAAAGUAUUAUUGAAGUAGACAGUCCACAGUUUAACACAGAAAAGGCAACUAAGAAACCUGUUGAAAAACUUUGGGAAGAACAAAUUGUCACAAUAUUAUGUAAGGACAGUCAAGGCCAAAAUACCUUUAAGCAGUCCACAGAGAACCCAGAAGAAACCCUUUCUAAGGAGAAAAUGAAUCAUCUUGGGGAUUGCAGUACUAUUCAUCCUGUAGGAGAAAAUUCCAAUUCUGUUGCUGGCAAUAAUAUCUCCCGAAGUGUUCCAUCCCAGGUUACUUUCAAGAACCCAUCAACUUUGAAAAGUCAAACAAGUAGAUUAACUUCAAGCCCAGAUACGAACACUCUGGAGAAAUCAAACUUAUUCGAGAAUCACAGUGAUUUAUGUAGUUUUCUACCUUUCAUAAAUCAAAUUUGUGCCAAUACAACUACUCCUGUGGAAUCUAAAAGUCCUGUGCCUUUUCUCAAAGUAGAACUGGGUGGAACCUUAGAUGAUGUUUGCCUUUCUAUACAAAAAAUGAAAGAUGAGCUUCAAAGAUCACAUGAAAGGGAACUGGCCCUAGCAAAUGAACUUCAUAUGUUAAAGAAUGCUACAGAUAUUCAAGGUAAUUAUUCAAAUAUCGUACUUCCUCCAAAAUUGGAAAAAGUCAAGUGUAUUAAAAAAGAAAAGGUAGAUGAUGUGGAUGUGGAUACACAAUCAAAGAGAAUUUUAGCAUUAGAGGCAUUAGUAAACAAAUUGAUUCCAAUAGAGGAAACAAGGUCAAAAUCUAGUACCAAUUAUUGUCAAAACUGUCAAAGUUUAACUGAGAAUGAGUAUACAACAAAUGUUAACCAUAUUGCUAGACAAAGUGAAGAAAGAACUGAAAAAAAUAAUUAUGAAAUUCCUGACACUGAAUGUGUUAAACAUUUCCAAUCAGAUUCUAGAAAUUCAAAAGAUACAUCAUUAAUUGACCAAGCAGAACAUGAAAUAAAAGAUAAAGAAAAUCAAUUAUUCGAGUUAUACCAAGGAUCAGUAAAGGUUGAAAAUGAGAAGUCACCAAAAAUCAACCCUGUAACUGAUCAGUAUAUUGCAAAAAUUCAGUAUUUACAGAAUUAUCUAAAAGAAUCUAUGGAAGUACAGAAGAAAGUACUAGGAUUAGAAAACGAAAAUCUUGACCUAAAGACAAAAAUAAAACCCAUGGUAUAUACCAUACAGUCGCUAAUGCAGAAAAAUUCAACAUACCAAACGCAACUUAAUGAUUUAGUUGAAGACAAGAAAACCAUUCAAGCUAAGUUAAGUAAAUCAGAAGAAGAUAGUAGAGAAUGUAUUAUUGAACUGAAAAGAAUAAUACAGAAAUAUAGUGAACUCCAAAAUGUAAAUAAAAUUCUAGAAGAAAAAAAUGGCCAGUUCUAUUUGGAGAUACAACGCAUGAUGGAAUUAAUAAAUCAGUUAAAAAUUAAGGAAGAGGAAACUCAAAGUAAAAUGAGUUUUGUCAAUAGUGAAGUGAAUCGAUUGAAAGUAGAAAUAGAAUCUUUGAAAACAAGUUAUUCAGUGUUACAAAAUGAUAAACAGUUACUAGAUAGAAAAGCAUGCCAACUUCAGAAAGAAAACUGCUCACUCCAGCAUGAACUAAAUGCAAGACAUUUGGAAAUUCUAGAACUAAAAGAAAAUGAGAGAUUAACAAAAUUUGAUCAAGAGACUCUUCUUCAAGUGAUAGAGAGCACUAAGAAUGAAAAGCUAACUCUUGAAGCCACAUUACAAGAAUCUACAGCUGCAAGACAAAUAAUAGAGCAAGAGGUUGAAAAAAUCCAAUCCUACCAAUGUGAUGCAGAAGAGAAGUUUCUAGCAGAACUUCAGAAUGCAAAGUCCAAAGCUAGCUAUUUUAAGAAUGGUUUGUCUGAAAUGAACAAGGAAUGUGAGAAGUUAUCCAAAAUGGUCAAGAGUCUUCAGUCAGAUAACCAAGUUUUAAAAGAAGAACUAAAGAAUCAUUCUCAAGAAAAUCUAAAAUUUGCAAAGAACAUCAGUAGGCUAACUGAAGACAAAGUGCUUUUAGAAAACUAUUUAAGAACAGUAGAAAAUGAAAGAGACAGUUUGAAAUUUGAAGUUCAGCGUCAACAAGAUUACUUUAGCUUAGGUGAUGUAUUUUCAAAUAAACGUCGUAACCUGACUCAACUGACUUACUUAUCAAGAAGUGAACCACGCCAUUUUGACGACUCAUGA